UACAAUUUUCUCUACAUUCUACCUCAAUAUGUCUAUCCAAUCUUUCUAUAUCUCUCUCGAUUACUAUCUUUAAGAUGCCGCGAUCCACGUUCGCUGGUCAGGAUCUGUACCACCAUGUACAGUGGUCGCCGCCAUGCCAGAUCCACCCACAACAAAUCGACUACUACCAGCCGCCGCUGUUAUAUCCGCAACCUCCUGAUCAACCGGAUUGGCAAUGUCUCUCAACGACCAACGAUGUCGGCCAUAUGGAGCCACUCGGCGUGCCACGUGAUCCAGUGACACCUGAGUCUGAACCGAACCUAACGGUGGCUGCCUUGGCUUCACAGCUCGAGCGUUUGACUGCUAUUGUCAGGGAAUUGGAGUCUCAGAUGGAUUCACGUGAACGUUGUCUGGGCGAUCCACACGCCGCGACGCGACCCCAGUGAUGACCCAUUUCCUUGAUGGGAUGCAAAGAAGUGAAAUAGUGAAAGAAUCCUUAGUGAUGACAUCUAAGAAGAUUAAUGUGAAUUUGGGAGAUAGUGUAAUUGGAAGAAACGAGUGGGAUAACAAGUGGAUCUUUGAUGAGGGCUUGGAUGUUUCUGUUGAGGUUUCGGAAGUUCCCAAUGUGGAAGAGUAUGGGGGCAAAGACGAUUGGCGGGUCAUCCACCACCUUUCAGCAGCACCGUUGCCGGAUGUUGCUCCACCACCAACAGCGAAAGAAUCCCAACAUCAAGACACUGACGAUGCUGGAGUUAUUGUUGGCCUCGAUGUGACGCUUGUGAGCAACGAACCUGCUAUUGCCGCCAUUGCCUACGGUCUUGACAAGAAGGCAACCAGCGUCGGGGAGAAGAAUGUGUUGAUCUUCGUCCUUGGAGACGGUACUUUUGACGUGUGUCUUCUUACCAUCGAGAGGGGUUUCUUUGAGGGGAAGACAACUGCUGGUGACACUCAUCUUGGUGGUGAGAACUUCGACAACAAAAUCGUGUUCUUCAAAGGGCAGGAGCCUUGCAAGACCAUCAAACCCGAUGAGGCUGAUGCCAGUUUACUCGUAUCAAAUACGGAAAUAUACCUACACAGAGAAGGCUCGUGUAGUAAAAUGGUAAGUUGGUAGUAACAAAUAGUCAAAUUAAUACUAAUUGGGGCCAACUGAAUCGAGUGAAAUUUACAGAUGAAAAGUUCAGUGAGCUUUCAUUUAUUAUUAAUUCAUAUUUAAAUAAGUAAUAUUAUUCUAGAAUAAUUAAAUG